CGCCAUCUAGCGGAGAACCAUGGCGCCAAAUAGUAAUCAUUUUUAAUUGGUCGAAAGGUACUUCCGUAUACAUCUGCCAGCCAAUCAAAUGGCCUAUACUCCAGUUUUUUGAAACUUGCAUAUGUUGACCAUAAGGCGCGACAAAAUACAUAGUUGAUUGAUUCAUUGAACGUGUUUGUGACACUGGCAAGCACAUUGCUUUGCUUUUCGCGAAAACAAGAAUAAAAAUGGACUUGGAUUCCAUGAAGUAUGCCGAAUUGCGCAAUCUUGCAAAGGAGGUUGGUCUCAAAUCCUCCAAACUGAAGGCUGAUAAGCUCCUGAAGGCGCUCAGGGAGUAUUUCCAACAACAAACGCAGGAAGAUGUUGCAGUGGACCAGGGAGGUGAGACUGGUGUUGAUGCACAGGAAAACACGGUUAACAGCAACUCAACUCAGGAUGAAAACAAUUCAGCACUGGUUGAUGAGCUGUCACCAAAACCUCCAGCUCAGGAGUUUGUAACCAAACGUCGUGGUCGAGGGCAACCGACAAUGAGGAAGAAGCCUGAAGAUGAGGAGGCAGAAUGUGAACCUGCCAAAGCGCCACUCACCCCAGCUGAGGUGACUGAUUCAAUCAUUGGCAAAGGGAGUUCGAAGAGAAGGAGAGUGUCUGCUGCUAAGGAUUCUGGGGUGCCUGAACCUGAACACAAAGUUGCAGCAGUGAUGUUCGGAGAGGGACAGAAGGUGGUGAAGCCAGUAGGAAAGAUCCCUCGCUACGAGGGGCUCCUGAAGAGGACUAAGUCGAUGUUGAAGCCUACUACACCAAACUUCAGAAAGCUCCACGAGGCGCAUUUCAAAAAGAUGGAGUCAAUUGAUUCAUACGUGGACAGGAAGACCAAGAAAAUGGAUUUGUUCAGGAAUUCAGUGAAUGAAUUGAAGAGCUCAACCUCGAGCCGCGUCUCCCUGUUCAGCCCUGCAUCCCAGAAACCAGUUACAGACAGACGCAGACUUACCCAGGUUUCAGCCAGCAAACCAGCUACUGACCAACGUAGAAUCUCGGCCAGAAAAACCCCCCAAAAGGACACUGUUGUCCCAUUCAGACCCACAGUCUUGUCCACACGCCGGAUCAACGUUCGGUUCUCUCAAGCUACUCAGGAUAAUGAGCACAAGAAGACUAUGGUGAAGACGCCAGCACGUAUGGCACCCCGCGUGGACCUCCUCACUCCUGGGAAAGAGACUACAUUUAGAGGGAAAUCUGAAGUCAACAAGACCUUUGUUUUUUCCAGCGCUAAGACACCAGCGUUUGUGUUUAAUGCGAACACCAGUGUUCUUUCUAACUGUCCCGAAACCAACAAGAAGGCCAACUUUGAUCUGAAGGCCAGUCUCUCUAAGACUCUCACCUAUAAGCCUCAUAAGGGAAAGCUGAAGCCAUUCAUGGUGGCCCAAGAGAACACGGUGGACCAGACCGUUCCCUCCCACCAGAAGAACUACAAACAGCAUUCGGUUCAGACAAGGGAGGAAAGGAGGACAAAACAGUCUGAAGACAGGAAGCAGAAGAAAGAGAAGGUGCUUGGAGCCAGACGAGGCCUCGUCUUGACCUGAUUAUUCCACACUUACUUUUGCUCUUGUGAAGUUUAAACUCUUGUCAUUUCAGACCCGCUGAUUGAUUCCUAUUUCACUUGACCCUUUUCCUCAACUUUGACUUUCAGUUCCAACCUGUUUUUGAUUGUUUCGAUUUUUAGAUUCACUUAUAACAACGUUUAAUAAAUGUUUUUAUUAACUUUA